AUGCCAAACUUACAAAUUCUUCACUUUAACGAUGUCUACCACUUGUCCCCUCAAAAACGUGAACCUGUGGGUGGGGUAGCAAGAUUUGCUACUGCCGUAAAAGAAUUUCGUCAAAUAUUCGGAACGGAUAGUUCGAGUGUAUUAUUUAGCGGUGAUGUGUUUAACCCGUCUGUAGAGAGCACUACUAGUAAAGGAGCACAUAUGGUUCCUGCAAUGAAUAAUCUUGGAAUCGAUGCAGCAUGUUUUGGUAACCACGAUUUCGAUUUCGGGUUACCAACACUCGAGGAAUUAGUAGGAAUGACUAGUUUCCCGUGGAUUUUAUCCAAUGUGCUAGAUUCAGAAUCGGGUAAACCGAUAGCCGGCGGCUGCAAAGUACGAGGAGGAUGGGAACGGGAAAAUAUAGAUGGUAGCGAAGGUGAUGAUGACAUAUAUGUGAUUAAGAGUGGAACCGAUUUCAGGGAAAUGAGUAUUUUGGAGAUCGAUGUUGAAAAAAAAUUUGACGAUGAUGGUGAGGCAAAGAGUAUUAUCAAAAAUACGGCAGUAACUCGUAAAGAAAUUACGUCUGCCAUACCAGAAGAACCAUACUUUGCCGAUUUAGUAAAAUCUUCAACUUCCUCAAUUACCGCCAAAAUGUCCAAGCCCAUCGCCUACACAAUGACCGAAUGGGAUUGUCGAUCCAAGAUGCUCCGCACGCAAGAAACCGCGUUUGGCAAUUUUGUGGCUGACCUAAUGCUCUACGCAUAUCAACCCUGCAUUUCUUACGACAUCGAUUGUUCACUUUUAUGUGCUGGAUGUAUUCGUUCGGACUCCAUUUAUCCUCCGGGCGAGAUUACUAUGGGAGAUUUAUUAGAAAUACUUCCGUUCGAGGAUCCAAUAGUGGUAGUAAGGAUUAGUGGGCAACAAUUAUGGGACGCGUUAGAAAGCUCAGUAUCCAUGGUCCCGAAACAAGAGGGUCGAUUUCCUAUAUUUAGCGGCCUUAAGGUAGAAUAUAACUCAAGUGCAGAGCCAUUUCAUCGAUUAAGAAAUGUAUGGCUUACAGAAAGACGUUCUCCAUCAGUAGCAACAAAUGAAGAUGAAAAUGGUGUAGCAAAUAUGGCCGAAAAUAACGUUGACAGUGAUGAUGACUCGGGACCACUCAGCAUCAUGGGAAAGCUUGACAUGCAAAAAAUAUAUACCGUGUGCACACGAGCCUAUAUGACAGCGGGAAAUGAUGGGUUCAAAGCAUUGAUGCAGCCGGAAACGCAAUUUUUGAUAGACGAGGAAAAUGGAAUGCUAUUAAGCACUUUAGUUAGAAGAUACUUUAUAGGGUUAUAUUAUACUAGUGCAAUAAAGUUUAAUAUGAGUUGCGAGUCCAGGACACGGGAGGCAGUGCUCAAGGCAGCAUUACAUUGGAAGAAAUUGGCGAAGAUGAGGAGGAAGGAAGAUGCACACAAACAUGUUUCAAGAAGGAGUAUUAUAGAUGCCUUAUGCAAGUCGAUGGGUAAUAUAAUAAAAGUAUUUGGUUAUGAAGAAGAAACAUCAACGGCAGAGAGCGAGGAAGUAUCAAUAGAGGAAGACACUGAUAAAAAUGAUGACGGUGUCACAAGGAAAGGAAACACAAACUUUGUGAAAGAUUGGGUUACAAUAGCGCCGAUGAUCGAGGGCAGGAUUGUUACAGUGGACUUUUAG